AUGUUCCGGCCCAGUGGCAGUGGCAGUGGCUUCCGCCAGAAGUGGACUGGCCUCACGUUGAAGGGUGCUCUGUACGGAUCAUGGAUCCUGGGCGUGUUUCCCUUCACCUACGACAGCUGGACAAGGACCUUGCGUCGUUCCAAGUGGUUAAUUGCGUAUGGCUGUGUCCUGAAUGCGGCAUUCAUUCUGCUGGUCGCUACCAAUGACACGGAGAGCGAAAGUCCGCUGCGAAUGGAGCUGUUCCACAGGAACGCACUGGCCGAGCAGAUCAAUGGCAUUCACGACAUUCAAGGCCUUUCAAUGGUGUCAAUAAUGCUGUUGAGAAGUUUCUGGAAGAGCGGCGAUAUCGAGAGGACCUUCAACGAACUGGAGGACCUGCAGCACCGCCACUUUCGUGAUUAUUCUUUGGAGGAGUGCUGCAGCUUCGACAGGUUCGUCCUGUACAAAGGAUCCUUUCUUGUGCUGGAAAUAAUAUCCAUGCUGGCCUUGGAACUGGGCAUGUCACCGAAUUUCAGUGCACAGUUCUUCAUUGGACUCGGCAGUUUGUGUUUGAUGAUGCUGGCAGUUCUUCUGGGGGCCUCACAUUUUCACCUGGCCGUGGUCUUUGUCUACCGAUACGUGUGGAUUGUAAAUAGGGAGCUCCUGAAACUAGUUAACAAACUGGCGAAUGGGAAAACUGUUGAGUCUGAAAGGGUGGACUUUCUGCUCAAUCUGUACCGUCGCCUGCUGGAUCUCAGCCAUCGUCUGGCAUCCAUCUAUGAUUAUCAAAUGGUCAUGGUGAUGGCCAGCUUUCUGAUCGCCAACGUUCUGGGAAUCUACUUCUUCAUAAUCUACUCCAUUAGUCUGAACAAAAACCUGGACAUUAAAAUGUUGGUCUUCGUUCAAGCGCUGAUCAUCAACAUGUUGGAUUUUUGGCUAAACAUCGAGAUUUGUGAGCUGGCAGAAAGAACUGGUAGGCAAACUUCCACCAUCCUUAAGUUGUUCAAUGAUAUUGAAUGUGUAGAUGAGAAACUGGGGAGAAGUAUCACGGACUUUGCAUUAUUCUGCAGCCAUCGCCGACUGAGAUUCCAUCAUUGCGGCUUGUUUUACGUGAACUACGAGACGGGCUUUCGCAUGGCCAUCACCAGCUUCCUGUACCUGCUGUUCCUCAUCCAGUUCGAUUUUUGGAACCUGUGA